GUGAGUCGAGUUUUCACUUAUCACUAAUAUUAGGUUUUAUUUGAGUAUAAAACCAGGUUAGGAUAGUUACUGAUGUUUGGUAGCAUCUCAUUUAAUGGAUCUCUAUAGAAGCGGUGAUGUGAAUGCGGCGAAACUGUUAUUCAUCUCUUUCCUUACUUUGUUUGCAUAAAUGUUAUGUCUUUUUUUGUAGGACCAUCCAUUAUCUUUAAAUAUGUACCGAUCUGGUUUACUUAUUUUGUCACCGCAUGUGCACUCUCAGAAGUUAUUCUCUUUGUUAAAAUAUGUUAGCAAUGUGGUGAAUGAAAAGCUGUUUUUAGCAAUUCCACGAAGUCCUUCAGAUUUUAUGUUUUGGAAAAAGACGGCUACGUUGUGUUAUACAACCGCAUGUAAGGUUUGCCCAUCACUAAACGUCUGUCUUCUUCUUCCUACCACCAAGUAUACCAAGCCUUCAGUAAAGUUUGAUAUUGUAAUUUCACCGGAAUUUGAAUUUAGUCCCGUUUGGAUUUUAAAUGAAGCCCACAAUAUCAAUCCACUUUACGGUGAUCGUGUUAUGUAUGCUACCAUAGAUAAUUCUGAAUCAGACCUACCAAUUACUGAUGACCAGAUAACUGUUGCGUCAUCAGAUAAAUCACAUGAGGAUAUCUCCCGUGUAUGUCUUGGUGGUACUUUUGAUCGGUUACAUUAUGGACAUAAAAUUCUACUUACCGUUGGUGCUCUGUUGGCUAAAGAACAUUUGCUUGUUGGUGUAACAUGCUCUGAUUUACUUUCAAGUAAAUGUCUUAGCCCAUUGAUAUUUUCUUGGGAGAAGCGCAGUAAAAUUGUUCAAACUUUUCUCAGUGAUAUAGGCGUACAGUCCAAAAUUAUGAAAAUUGUUAAAUUAUCUGAUAAAUUUGGUCCACCUGGAUAUUCUGCAGAAUUUGACUGUAUUGUAGCCAGCUCCGAUUCUUUAGAUAAUUGUGAAAAAUUGAAUGAAUUACGACGUGCGAAUGGAUUUAAGCCGUUAAAAAUUGAAGUGAUCAAUUUUAUAUAUUCAGCUAAGAUCUCCAACGAAUAUAAAGCCUAUCCUUUUGACUUGUCGGAUUUAAAGUUAUGUUCUUCAAAACUUCGUUUCAAUGAACUAGGCAGUCUGUUAAAACCUGUUAAUAAUAUAACUGUAAACAAUUCAUGUAGUCCAUAUUUGAUUGGUUUAACAGGACCGUCUGGUUCUGGUAAAUCAUCAUUGGCUAGACGACUCGAACAUUUAAGUGACCAAGUUCAUGUAAUCGAUUGUGAUCGUCUCGGUCAUGAAGCAUAUAUUCCUGGUACUCCUUGCCACCAAGCUCUUUUGUCUCAUUUUGGACGAGAAAAAAUAGCAUCUCCAGUGCCACCCUAUGCAAUAGACAGAGGCCUACUAGGAAGGCUAGUUUUUUCUGAUCCUGCUCAACUGAAAGAUCUGAAUUCCAUAGUUUGGCCUGAAAUAUUAAAAAAAAUUCUAACAGUUGUAAAAGAAAUAGAAUGUAAAGCAUUAGAACAAGAUCGGGAUCCUAAACGUCCGGUUAUUAUUAUAGAUGCAGCGGUGCUUUUACAGGCUAGGUGGGAUGAAAUGUGCCACGAGGUAUGGUUAACAGUUUUAUCCCAAACAGAAGCUCAGCGCCGGCUGUGUGAGAGGAACAAUUUAAGUCCGGAAGCAGCAUCAGAACGUCUUGCACGACAAGCUUCUGCUGUUGCUGAAGUGACUGGUGGGUACACUUGGUUUGAAGCAGGUCAGUAUUGUUCUCAGAAAAGUCCUAUCGACUAUGCUCAUGUAAUUCUAAGCACAGAAUGGGACCCAGAAUGUUCGCAGUAUCAAGUUGAAAAGUCCUGGAAAGCGCUACAACAAAGGUUAGAGUUAACUACAACAACCCAAUGAGUGUUUGCUAUCACGAAUUUGCAAUUUCUUAUCUGCUAAUUUGAAGCUAUGUAUUCAAUUGGUUGAGUUUUUAUAAUGAAUUCCACUUAUGGAACAAACAUGAUUUCUUAGCUAGUUGGACUUUUUCUAUCAGUCGAUAUUUAUAUGACCGUGCAUAAUAAACCAUUAUUAUUUUCG